GAGAGAGAUGCCUUCCAAAUCUUCCAUCGCAACAGAGCGAGGACAGCAAAUCUUUGCUGCUCCCGAGUUCCUCUAUUCUGCUGCGGCACAGAUACCCAUCACGAGCAGCAACCUUCUCAAUCAGUGUGGAUGUUACCAGGCAUUUCCAGAGUCUCUACAUGACUGAACGGAAGAACUUAUGGUAGGGCCCUGAAGACCCAGAUCCUACUCAUUUCCCUGCAUAUUUCUGGGCUCUCUUUCUGAUUCCAGCAUGAGCAAGACUGAAGAUCUUAACAUGGUCCUUCCCUUUCCAUUCAAUAAGAAUUGGAGUUUAGAGCGAGGCCUCCUCACACAUAUCCCAGGUUACUGCAGAAACACAACUGACCUUACUGUUUUUCUAGUCACCUCCUAUACCUUAGAAACCAUCCUAGGCAUCCUGGGAAAUGUUUGCCUGAUUAGUGUCAUAGUCAGGCAGAAGGAGAAGGCCAAUGUCACCAGCAUACUCAUUACCAACUUGAUAGUCUCUGACUUGUUCAUGAGCAUCGUCUGCCUGCCUUUCACCAUCAUCUACACCCUGAUGGACUACUGGAUAUUUGGUGAGGUCAUGUGCAAAAUGACUUCCUUCAUCCAGUGCACUUCUGUGAGUGUGUCAAUUCUCUCCCUUGUCCUCAUUGGUCUGGAAAGACACCAGCUCAUCAUAAAUCCAACUGGUUGGAGGCCGAGCAUCCCCCAAGGCUAUCUAGGGAUUGUAGUCAUUUGGACAUUAGCUUGCCUCAUGUCCCUGCCCUUUCUGACGACCUCCGUCUUGACAUAUGACUUGUACAAGCAGUUGUCCCAUAUUACGGAUUCUUCUGCCGACAAGGCCAUAUGCAUGGACUCAUGGCCAUCUGAUCAGCACCGACUCAUCUACACCACUGCCUUGCUGCUGUUCCAGUACUGCAUCCCUCUCUUCUUUAUCCUGGUUUGUUACGUGCGUAUCUAUUUACGCCUGCAGAAGAGAAAGGACAUGUUUGAGAAGAGUGCAUACAAUGGCCGGGUGGUUCAGCUGAGGAGGAUAAACAUUUUAUUAGUAUCCAUGGUGAUCGCCUUUGCUGUUUGCUGGUUACCAUUGCACGUUUUCAAUAGCAUUGAGGACUGGGAUUACAAAGCCAUUUCCCCUUGCCACCACAACCUAAUCUUCUCAUUGUGCCAUCUAGUAGCCAUGGCUUCCACCUGUGUCAACCCUGUUAUCUAUGGGUUCCUAAACAAUAACUUCAAAAAAGAAGUGAAGUCGCUGAUACUGAGCUGCCAGCACAAUUCAUCUAGCCAGCAGGGAACAGCUUCUGAAGUCUCCACUGAAGAGACUUCUGGAAGGUUAUUACACAUGGAUGCUAAAAAAACAGAUGGCACCAUUGUCUGACUCCAACAUGUGCACCAUAGCCAGCUGCUGUCCAAUUUUUGGAAGAACAGUCAUUGACUGCAAGGAAAGAUAAUCAGUAUAGAUAAGUGAGGAAGAUCAAAGGAGAUACCAAGUUGUAUGUAUUGGUGAGGUGGCACAGCUCUGAAAACAGACUUCACGCAAACAGGACAUGUGCACAAGAAGUUGCCUUGUUUCUAACUACUUAAUAGACAUCUCUGGUUGCACACAAACAGCAGGGUCAUCAGUUAAGCUGCACACCCUUAUCGCUGAGGGUAGAACCCAGGAAUUCCAACUCAAACACUUGAGUUAGUGGAAAUUCUCCUCUGUCAGUAUUAGUAGGACACUUCCAUGCUAUAGGCUAACCACUAAGUUUAUGAACAGAAUUAUAAAAGGGUUGCCUGCAAUAGCAGGGGAGUGGACUCAGUGACCAGGAGGUUCCUUCCAGUCCUAGGUCCUCUCUCCUUACAUUCCUCUAGGAAUGUGGGUAUAUAUAAUGUGUACAUUACUGACCCCCUCCCACCCACUAUUAGGUAACACUCAUCUUCUCAGCUGAUGAGGUUCACAGUAGUUCACAUCCAGCAGAUCUGUAACACAUCCGUAACUACUCACAUACAUAGACAUUGGGGGGUGGCAGUUAAACUUGCCCAUGCAGCAUGGGGAUACAGCCAUGAACCUGUCACUUCAAAAACCCCACAGGCUUCUACCACUUGAGCUUCAAGGAAAUCUCAGUUCAUGCCAGGGCUUCUCAUGUACCCUCUUUUGGCCAGCUUCUUGAUGGCAGUAUUCCAGAAAACUACACCCCACUGCACACUAAACUAGUACAAACCAGAACCAUUGCUCACUAACAAGGUGCAUCGAGAACUAGCACCAUCUAUGGAUGACAGACAGCAGUUGGAGGGGUUACUCUAUUCGUUGCCUCUGUUACCCCUCUCGAAGACUAUGCAGAUCACUUCCCUUUUCAGAUGAUGCAAAACCAACAAUCCCAGAUUUACAUGGGAACUUGGUCAGAUUGACUUGACUGUCCUUCUGGCUGUAGAUCCUAUGCCUCCAUGCUACUAAAGGUACAGUCACAGAUGCUGGUACUUUAAGAUGUUUGGAUCAUUGGAGUCUUUGACAGAUCUCAGAUGGGGGACUGAGGUGACACUUAGCCAGUGUCACACCCGUUCUUUGCUUAGCAUCUCACUCUGCUCACAGGCUCUCUCAUGUGGAAGGACGAAAUGGCUGGGGAGAAAGGCUUCUGAUGUAGAAAUGCCAGCUGUAAUGAGCCGUGACACUUCCAGAGGAGUGAAGCACAUUAUGAAAAUAGGCAUCAAGGCUUUGGGUUUCCCCAAGAAGAGAAAGGACCUUGAUGGAAGGAGUGAUGCCAAAACUGUGAAAAGUCUAUGGAAGAGCAAUGAAAAUACAUGAAGGGGAUUGAGUCACACACAUUAAAUCCAAGCCACAUGUAAAUCAAGUGUGUUGUCAAUUGUGUCAUGGAAGUGAGCUUUGUGCUUUCUCACGUCAGUGAUAUUUUUUACCCUUUGUCUGGGCAACUUACCUGCAAACCAUAAGAAACAGAAUACUCAUUCUUCUUUAGAAAAGAACAGUACAUCAUGCUUCUGGAGUCUGAGUUCUUCUCUUUAUCAAGACAUUGCUCUGCAGCUACUGCUAGGAAACGAAGAACCGGGUACUGACAAGAUGGAAGCCAAUAUUAGGCACUGCUGAAAGUAAAGGCAAAUCAGAAAGGAGACCAACAGUUUCAUAUAAAAGAUACUAGGUCAAUUUUAAACACCUAUAUGGGAUCAUGUUUUGUCAUGACUUGACAUCCUAUGCAAUUUCAUCCAAGUCAAUGGGCUUGCACAUGGCGGAAGGUAUUCAGUGCAUAGAUACUAUGAUGAGCAGAGUCCUAGAAAUACAAUAGCUAGGUAGAUACCUCCCUAGACAAAGUGGUAGGUCAGGGCAGAAUUUGACCCAUGCAUAUUCUCCCUCAGACCACAGCAUGUGGGACAGAUUUAGUGACUGCAGUGUAGCUGUAGCCAUGUCAGUCCAGGGUAUUAGAGAGACAAGGUGGGUGAGGUCAUAGCUUCUGUGGGACCAACUUCUGUUGGUGACAGAGACAAGUUCUGGAGCCACACAGAGCUCUCUCCAGGUCAGAUUUUGUGAAGACAGGAGCUAAACUAUCUCAUGCUACAAAAUAGCAAGAUCCAUUAAUAUCCAGUGGCUAGAUCCUCAGGUGAUGUAAAUGGGAGCAGCCCUAUUGAGUUCAAUGGAGCCAACUUACAUCAGCUGAGAAUCUCACUCAUUGACGUCAGUGGAAGUUGAGGAUGCUCAUCACCUUACGGGAUUAGCCCCCAAGUUCUUGACCAUGCCUGAACUGUCUGGCGGCAGCUAUCCUUUCGAUUCCCUUCCGAAUUCUGCGUGCUGCAGUCAGAUGAUCUAUGCAUGAUUUCACUUUGUAUCGUUACCUAUUGAUCUGGCAAUCUGCCAAAGGCACACAUUUCUGCUCCUUUUCGAUGAGCUUUCUGCAAUCUUCGUCUGAUAUUAGUUGCCAUGAUGAUGAGGAGAAUCUGGUUCUCUUGAUUAGUGUGUAGAAGAUGCCACUUCUGGGCUAGAGGUUGAGUCCACUAGAAGACUUUGUACUCUUAUAGACCAAGUGGGCUCUAGGCCACAUCCCUAGAUCAAUAUUGGUACAGUAACUGAAACCAGAAUGGUCCUACCAAUCAGUGCUGAGAAGCACAAAAUGUAUUCAUUUCGACUGACCUCCUUAACUUACCGGAACUUUGCAUAAACUGUGUUUUAUUCAGGGGCUUAAGUGGGAUUUGAGUAGUGCACUGGGCUUCUUCCUAGAGGUGAGUUUCUCCCAAUUAGCCUUGAGUAAUUCUGCUUGUUUCCUGCACUUGUUAGAAUUCUAAUAUUUAAUUAACAGUUGCAUGUCGAGCUCUGAUCACACAUCAACACAGAAGAUAUCUGAUCUGUAGCCCUUUGUAAAUAGGUGAUCUUGUACUCACCAGUCUGUUAAAGGGAACAACACAAUUAGUCAUGGAAGUUUUGCUUCCAAGCAGAGUGCAUGUACAUAAGGCUUGUGUUUGUCACUAAUUAGCAUGAAAAGCUCCAAGAACAUAAUGCUAAGUGAAGCCUAUUUGACAGAGAACUUAUUAUAUGGCUGUAACUGUGAUACAUCAGCGCAGCUAUUUGCAUUGUACAGUAUCAUCAAGUUCAAGCUGCAUUCUUAAUGGAGUUAGCUGCUGGGUCUGAUUCUUCUUUGCCCUGCACCUGUGAGUGCAAAGCGUAUGUAAAGGCUAACAGAUCAGAGGGGGUAGCACAAGCCAUGCUAACAUACACUGGUUUUGUCCCACUCUAGUGGCUAGAUGAAGCAUAGAGGUUUAUGAGUCUGCUCUGAGCUAAUGGACUUGGACCCAGAUUCUCAAAUGUAUUUAGGCUCCUAGCUUCCUUGGUCAUUUAGCUCAGCCAGUAGCAGUGAAUGCUUUUUGCUGCAGAUGUCCUGGGUUCAGUCCCCAAAACCACCCUCUUGGGGUGUCAUUACAGUAGUGUUUUAACUGACUCUACACAGGUGUAAAUGACUAAUGAGGUUCAGAGUAAUGGAGCAUUGGGCUCUAUUAUGUUUGCUAUGUAUUCUAGUGAUACUUUGGGAAAUUAUUACCAGCUUUAUUACUAUGAGAAUGGGGAGGAUGUGCGUACAUGCCUUAUUAAGUAACCGUGAGCUCUUAUUAUUGUCACCUUUGUCCAUCCUGUCCUCUUGCUCCACUUUGUCUUUUUAUGGCCCCGCUUGUUGUGACACAAUGAAUAUAAAUUGUAAGCCCUUCAGGGCAAGGGUAAUAUCUUUACUUGUGUCUGAGCAAUGCCUGGCACAGUUUGGGGACCUCAAAAUAACAAAUAA